GUUUCUAAGUCUGGGUCAGGUGUGCUGAGGUCCCGUGGCAGGGACACUGUCUUUCUGAGCCCUGGCAGCCACACUGCUCAGCAGAAAUGCUUUAAAGUGUCAGGAAUUGAUGUGUAGAGAGAAGUAUGACUGCAUUACAGCUUAAAGAGCUUUCACAUUCAGGUCUCUACAGAAGACGACGAGAUCGUCCUGAGAGUUUGAGACUAAAUGGGUUCCCGGAGGAAGAGCUAAGCAACAUGGCCAAUGCCCUUGCCAACGCCACUUGUGAGCGCUGCAAGGGGGGUUUUGCGCCCGCCGAGAAGAUCGUGAACAGUAAUGGCGAGCUGUACCAUGAGCAGUGCUUCGUGUGUGCUCAGUGCUUCCAGCAGUUCCCAGAGGGCCUGUUCUAUGAGUUCGAAGGAAGGAAGUACUGUGAACAUGAUUUUCAGAUGCUUUUUGCUCCUUGCUGUCAUCAGUGUGGUGAAUUCAUCAUUGGCCGAGUUAUCAAAGCCAUGAAUAACAGCUGGCAUCCUGAGUGCUUCCGCUGUGACCUCUGCCAGGAAGUUCUGGCAGACAUUGGGUUUGUCAAGAAUGCCGGGAGACAUCUUUGUCGCCCCUGUCAUAAUCGUGAGAAAGCCCGAGGUCUUGGAAAAUACAUCUGCCAGAAGUGCCAUGCCAUCAUUGAGGAGCAGCCUCUGGUCUUCAAGAACGACCCUUACCAUCCAGACCACUUCAACUGUGCCAACUGCGGGAAGGAGCUGACUGCUGAUGCCCGGGAGCUGAAAGGAGAACUGUACUGCCUGCCGUGCCAUGAUAAAAUGGGGGUCCCCAUCUGCGGCGCUUGUCGACGGCCCAUUGAAGGGCGUGUGGUCAACGCCAUGGGCAAGCAAUGGCACGUGGAGCAUUUUGUUUGUGCCAAGUGUGAAAAACCAUUUCUUGGACAUCGCCAUUAUGAAAGGAAGGGCCUGGCAUAUUGUGAAACCCACUAUAACCAGCUAUUUGGUGAUGUUUGUUUCCACUGCAACCGUGUUAUAGAAGGUGAUGUGGUCUCUGCCCUUAAUAAGGCCUGGUGCGUGAACUGUUUUGCCUGUUCCACCUGCAACACUAAAUUAACACUCAAGAAUAAAUUUGUGGAGUUUGACAUGAAGCCAGUCUGUAAGAAGUGCUAUGAGAAAUUUCCAUUGGAGUUGAAGAAAAGACUUAAGAAACUAGCUGAGACCUUAGGAAGGAAAUAACUUCCUUUAUUUUAUUUUUCUCUUCUAUGCAAAGAUAAGAGAUUACCAACAUUACUUGACUCCAUCCACCCUUUUUAAAGCUGUAUCUCAAAACAGUUGAGAGUGCAGAGGACCUGUAUGAAUGGUUUUCUUCAUCUCCUUUUUCUCGUUAAAAAAGAAUAAAAGUUUGUGUAAUCAUAUUUAAAAUACAAAUGAAAUCAAGAUUUGCCUUUGUUAAUAACUCUUAUCAAUUUGUUGAAAUGUAGACUAUACCUAAUAGCAAAAAACACGUGGGUUAAAUGUUAAAUUUUAAUUAAGGUCCAAAAAAUUAAAUAUAACUUUUUAAAAUAAAAAGAGUCAGCUUUUAUGUGACUCAGAUGAAAAUUAUACACAUUAUUUUACUUUGUAUUCAAAAGAAAGUUAAUGCCAACUCCUGUUGGGGAGGAUACAGGGAAGAAAAAUUACCAACCAAUAAAAACAAAUCUUUCAGAAUUUUAACAUGUUUAUCAAACUAGUAGCUAUAAAAUGAAUAUACACAUUAUUAAGACAAGAAGUAAGUGUAUUCAGAACUACUUGAUUUUUUUUGUUAAAUGCAAUAAUUAUUAUGCUUAGUUUUAUACUUUGUUCUCCUUGUGAACUUCUUCCUUCAUACAAUUACUUAACGCAGUAGUUAUAGCUAGCUAAUAGUAUGUCUUUUUAAAUUUUGUGCAAAAAAAUUUAUACUAGGUAUUUGAAAAUACAGUAUACUUUACAAUAAUGGAAAAAUGAAGUAUUUUUUAAUGUAUUAUGGCAAUCAUGCUUCUAAUAAGUCAAAGAUAGAGUCUUAGAAUAGGACAUGAAACUAAAUUUUAUGUAGCUUGGAAUAUAUCACUUAAAAAAAGUGAAUGUAUAUGUAUUGGUCAUAUUGCCUUUAUAGCUGUGCUAAUAUCCAUGCUAUAUCCAUAAUCAGACUUGCCUUGCCUUAGAAAAACACAUACUUUAAUCAGGAAUUGUAGCUAUUUCAUGCAAUACUAACUAAAAAUAAGUGUGUUGAUUGAAAUUUGUAAACCCAAAUUCAUUUACCAUAGCUAUGUUUAUUUCUUUUUUAAUUUUUUCUCCUAUUUUGAGGAAACAUUGAAAUUAAUUUCUGUUAUCUUAUUAGAAGAGAAUGAUGUUGGUAUGUGUUUCAAGGUUUUCAUUUCAAAUUUCAUAGUUAAUUAGAUUUCAUUUACUAUAAGUAGUAUAAGUACUAUAAAUGACACUUUUAAAUUGGAAAGUGAAGGUGUAAGUGUCAAUUUUACGUCAAAAGUAGUGAAUUAUUCUACUUUAUAAAAAGUUUUUUCCUGAAGUUUCUGGACCAUGCUUUCUCGAUAAACUUGUAUACAAAGCAAAUUUUGUGAACGUUUUUUAAAUGUUGCUGCUGCUAUGUUAUCAUUUAAAAGGAAGUUGCCAAGAUGGACUUCUAAGGGAAAAAAUUAUUGGUUUUUCCAAAAAUUGCUGGAAAAAAAAUCUCAGGAUGCUAACCACUCUGUCAUUAAAAUAUUUGUAUGCAUGUAUUUUUAAAAAGUUUGUGCAUGUACUUUACAGAGUAAAUUCUAUUUCAGUUUUCAGAUAACUUAUAACCAAUUACUCUAUUUUUUAGUGUUCUUUUAGACUUCGAAGAAUUAUCAAUGAUUGAAAAUAAUCACUAUAUAUAGUUUGAGACUGUAUGUGCUCAGAAGUCUAAAACAGUCUUUGCAUUUGACAGUAAGAAUCAAAAUCUCUUCAGUGUGCCUUUUUCAGCUAAUAUAUGACCAGCAAUGAAAAUCUUAAAAGUAUUUAUUAAAUAUUAUACUAUGGAUAUAGGCAAAAUAGUACAAAGUCAGCAGUAUAGGGUCUUGAUGCUAAAUUCUUAAAUACUCCUACAGCAGAAACACAGAGCAGAAAAGCAACCAUUUACCUAUAUUCUAAAUUACUUGGAAGAGACCGGGACUGAGCUCAGCUGCUUUGUUUACGUAUCUUACGUAGCCAGGCUUCUCCUGUGGCCAGAGGUCCCACUGUUGUCUUUGUAACUCAUCUCUUUAAAAAUGAAUUACUAUUUCCUGGAAGUUCAACUUGUUAAGCCUCUACUACUUUAGGGUGUUUUAUAGCUACAUAUAGUACUUUCUUCCUUGCUAGGGUACCAUUGGAGCCCUGACAUGUGGGAAAGGAGGAAGAAGUGGAAAUGUAGGUGGGACCGAAGACAAACUUGGAUUAGUCGAUAAUACUUUUCAUGGGACUUUCCCUGGCUGUGGAAAACUCAGGCUACUGAGUAUCUCAAAGUCCACAAGGCAAUUUGAAAUAAUUAAUUGUUCUCACCAAAUGUCAAAGUGCUCUUCUUCUUACCAAGCCUAAUAUAAUUGAGAAAAAUGGCUCAGUACAAGUCAAACAUUCUUUGGGUCAUGUUCAGAAGCCUUAUUAACAUUGUACCUGAAAUGAUGGGUCAUUUUGUCUCAUUUAUUCGCCAAAAUGGCCAUUUCUAAGUUAAGGAAAUUUUGAGGUAGGCUUACAGCAUUCUUGUUGUAUUUCAUUAUAGAUUGUAAGCUCAAUGGCAGGGACACUAUAUGAUAAUUAUGUUUUUAUAUAGCAACCACUGCAGUAUACUCUUGGUGCUUAAUAAAUGUUCAUAAUUAUUAACAAUAA